ACCACCAAAAAGAUCGAUAACCAGUGUCUCUGUGUGUUUCUGUGGCAACUUCAAGCUCAUAAUCUUCAAUGGCUUCCCUAAUCAACAUGGUUUCGAUUCCGCCAAGAAUAUUGUCAACCACACACACGAGGAUCCCUUCACUUCAAGCUCGACCUGUUUUGCCUCCCCUUUCUCUCUCUAUUUCUCGGAGAAGAUUAUCCAUUAGAGCCGCAGAAACUGAUACUAAUGAAGUUCAAUCUCAGGCACCAGAUACAGCACCAUCUAAAGAUGGUUCAAGCUUCAAUCAGCUUCUUGGUAUUAAAGGAGCUGCCCAAGAAACAAAUAAAUGGAAGAUUCGUCUUCAACUUACAAAGCCUGUCACUUGGCCUCCAUUAGUUUGGGGAGUAGUUUGUGGUGCUGCUGCUUCUGGAAAUUUUCAUUGGAAUAUUGAGGAUGUUGCUAAAUCAAUAGUGUGCAUGACUAUGUCUGGCCCAUUCCUGACAGGUUACACACAGACUCUGAAUGAUUGGUAUGACCGAGAAAUUGAUGCAAUAAAUGAACCUUAUAGACCAAUUCCUUCUGGGGCAAUUUCUGAGAAUGAGGUAAUCACUCAAAUAUGGGUGCUUCUGUUAGGAGGUCUUGCCCUGGCAGGUUUAUUGGACGUAUGGGCAGGGCAUGAUUUCCCUAUAGUAUUUUACCUUGCAGUGGGUGGAUCCUUGCUGUCAUAUAUAUAUUCUGCACCUCCUUUAAAGUUAAAACAAAAUGGAUGGAUUGGAAACUUUGCCCUUGGAGCAAGUUACAUUAGUUUGCCAUGGUGGGCUGGUCAGGCUUUGUUUGGGACUCUUACACCAGACAUAAUUGUUCUCACCCUCCUAUACAGCAUAGCUGGAUUGGGAAUUGCUAUUGUCAAUGACUUCAAAAGCAUCGAAGGGGAUAGAGCUCUAGGGCUUCAGUCUCUUCCAGUUGCUUUUGGUGCUGAAACUGCAAAAUGGAUAUGUGUUGGCGCUAUUGACAUUACACAAUUAUCUGUAGCUGGAUAUCUACUCGGGGCUGGUAAACCGUAUUAUGCAUUGGCUUUACUUGCCUUAAUAAUUCCUCAAGUCGUUUUUCAGUUCCAGUACUUCCUCAAGGACCCUGUGAAAUAUGAUGUUAAAUAUCAGGCUAGUGCACAGCCAUUUCUGGUGCUUGGUCUGUUGGUUACUGCUCUAGCAACUAGCCACUGAUAUUUUACGUGCAAAAGUUACUAAAAGGGAUAAUUCAUAGAAUAAAAACGAAAAAGGGUGCCACUGGUGAGAAAGGGUGGGGCUUUUGUUAGGUACCCGACAUUCAAGUAAUGUAACUUUAGGAACCAAGGCUUGUCCAGCCCAGUAUUGUGCUGCUUUUUUUUUUCUCAUCUUUUGCAUUAUCUCUUCUCUUAUACACUUAUUCAAGUUUUGAUUAUGAGUCUAGGUUGAGAAGAGUUUCUUUUUAGGAUGCUUUAAAAGACAAUGAAUUGUACAAAAUGUGGACACAUACAUUUCCCUUCCAUGGUUUUAUAGACAUAUACAUUACCCAUCUUUGAUUUGAGAUCAAGACUUAAAAAACUGUUGUGAUUUUUC